AUGAACAAGCUCCUAAUCGUCCUUUUGGCCGUGUGCCUCGUCAGCGUUCACGCUUUCGUGAAACGCGAUGCUCCUGCGGCAGCCCCAUCAUCACCAUCAGCAGAUAUUCAACAACAGUUCGAGAAGAUUGCCGCUAGUGCAAAGAGUUUUGGUGACAAUGUUCAUGCUUUCGUGAAACGUGAUGCCCCUGCUGCUAACAACAACUACAUGGAAACACUACAGAAGCAAAUGGAAGAAUUCGCAAAGACUGUUAACAACCAAAUGUCACAAGCCUUCGACCCUGACACCAUCAAGAAGAACUUCAAUGAAUUAGUGGACAACGCUACUAAGACGACGAGAUAA